AUGGAAGCGAAGGCAGCGGAACUCCUGGCGGCCUUCAAGAACCCGAACCUCUCUGUUGAUUCAAAGGUCGCCUAUCUGUCUAGUAUCAAAUCGGAUAUCAAGCAAAAGAAUGUUCCAGAAGGAGCGAUCCGAGCAAUUUUCGAUACAUUGCGUCUCGCCAUCAGCUCCCAACACUAUUCUGUUGUCGGUCCCGGAUUUUCUACACUCGGUCAUCUCAUAAAGCGCCUGAUAAUCCAAGACCAGCAACAAUGGAUCACAAACCAGGCCCAAAACCUAUAUCCCACCCUGUUGGAACGUCUGAACGACCAAAAAGAGCGCAUAAGAACACAAGCUGCUUUAACAUUCACCGAAUUGUGGCCUCUAGCUGGCAAUGAGGUUGAAUACUUCGUUCUGGAAGUUGCAUUGACAGGGAAGAACCACAGAGCAAAAGAAAUGAGCAUGAUGACGAAGAAUCACGGGUUAUUGUUCCGCCAAUAUGUUCCGUCUCUAGUCGCGUGUCUAGAAGACGCCGACAGUGCCGUUCGAGACACAGCCAAGCUGGUUGUGAUUGAUUUGUUCCGGAACGGUCCCGCAAGAGCAAAGUCUGAUCUGCAAAAACAAAUCGCAGCUCGAGGUGUCAGGAAAUCUAUCGCAAAUGCCAUUCUCUCCGGAAUUGGUAUAGGGUCUGUUGAACCCGAGACAGCAUCCCGUCCAAUAUCGCGCGUCGAACGCCCGAUCUCAGUAAUGUCGUCACGUUCUCAUGCCAUGGAAUACACCGAAGAUGAAUUUGAUCCCCUGAAAAGCCGCCCAGCUUCAAGAGCUUAUCGUGAGCGACCCAUGGCCUCCUCUGCACCUACUGAACCACCAAUCAUCAACCGGCCUCAUACACCCGCAGCACAGCAUGUGUCUCAGCCUCCGCCGCCAGAUGAUGAUGGGUUGGAACCAUAUGAUGUUGCAUCAGCCAGGGAUAUUGAUGACCUUGUUCGUGAUAUGCUACCCUGGUUCGAAGGGAAAGAGUCCGAGGAAAAUUGGUCGAAGCGUGAAAAGAAUGUCAUCUUAUUCCGGAGAGUGACUCGAGGCAAUGCACCAAAAGACUUCACACAAACCUAUCUUGGCGCAACGAAAACCCUUCUUGAUGGCAUUUUCAAGGUCGUUAACUCCCUGCGGACUACAAUGUCCACAAACGGGAGCUUGUUGAUUCAAGACAUUGCGCGGACGUGUGGUCCUAAAAUUGACCCAAUGGUUGAAAUCAUCAUGCAGAAUCUAAUGAAACUCUGCUCGGCCCUUAAAAAAAUUGCUGCCCAAAAUGGAAAUGCCGCAGUCGAUGCGGUCAUUAGCAAUGUUUCAUUUAACAUUCGUCUUCUACAGCACGUCGCUUUUGCUGCCCAAGAUAAAAAUGUUGGGGUACGCUUGUUUGCCACAGGGUGGUUAAAAACUUUGAUUAGCCGACAAGCUCAUCAUAAAAGCGCGGUUGAGCAUGGUGGUGGUCUAGAUCUUGUCGAAAAGUCCAUUGUAAAAGGAUUGGCGGAUGCUAAUCCCGGUGUGCGUGAAGCAUCUCGCGGUACCUUUUGGACUUUUUAUAAUGUGUGGCCUGAGAGAGCCAAUGUGAUAGCAGAUACACUUGACGUCAAGUCGCGCAACCUGCUCGAGAAAGAUCCAUCAAACCCCAAUGCAGGCCUGAAACCUUCGUCUGCAGUCCCUGCCAAGAGUCCCGCAAAGAGCCGACUCGCUCUGCAAGAAGCCAUUGCUGCUCGGAAGAAGGCUCAAAUGCCUUCUCGCCCCGAGUCAGCCCAACCAGAAUUUACCGAGUCGAAGCAACCUGUCCCUGCCUCCAAACCCACUCGAACUGUGCCCACAGGUGCGCCGAUCUCGUCUCUUUCCUCUGCUCCUAUGAGACCUGGCAUGAAGCCUCGACGAGCGGAAUUGAGUCGUCCCGCAACCGCAGACCCUUAUGCUCGUCGCCCCGAGUCACGAACUCAGACUACGCGAGAAGCAACCACUUCCCCCAGGGCUGUGCGAUCUAAGCCAUCAACACCUACUUCCAAACCCGUGUCAGCUCCUCGUACUCGCCCACAUGACUCUAUACAGGCUGUCACGACGAAGGGAAGACCUAAAAAGCUGGACCUGUCAAAGUCAAAGUCCCACAAUGAUCUUGCGGCAGCGAAUCGCGCUCGCAGCGACUCAAGCGAGAGCAUCACAAACCACCUGUCCGUAAGGACUCCCCGCCAAGGCAGUCAGCUAAGUCCAACCGCGCACCGUCAUUCGCCGGCACCUGUGGUACUGGAGAGCCCUCCCCUUGCUCCCUCACAGCCUCUUCUGAACUCAGCGCCGGAUGGACCCCAUGCCGAUUCAGUUCCCCUCGAAGAAUCGGGACCGGAACCGAUGGUUUUAGAGGAAAUCGCUGUCGCCGUAUCUCCACCACGCGACGUUCCUGAGGCAGUUGUUGCCGAGUCUCGCUCACACCAACGACCAAAUAUGAGCCCCGUUCCUGCCCCUGAAUCCGUCACCAAAAGUCAACCCGAGUCAAUGGUCAUCUACGAAGAUCCUGCCACGCCUACUGCAGCUGAACAUGAAAACAAUAUCUUUACAGCCUCAGUUGGAAUGGUCACACCAUCAAAAACGCCUUCGAAAACCCCUUCCAAGUCCCCAUUCAUGACCCCUUUCAAGUCUCCUCCACGCGUCGAUCAACCGGUUCAUGAUGAAGCUGAGGCAGAAUCUGCUUCUGAAGAAAUUGUAGCCCCAGUAAUUGCCUCUGCGAGGAAGCCCACCCCAGAUUUGGCUCCCAGCCAGGACGCUAUUUUGAACUUUGGGAUGCGAACCCCAUCUCCUACUCGUCGAGCGCCGCUUCAACCCAGUCCGUCACCGACGCGGGGUCGUACCCAGCCAGUGGCUUCCAACAUUGUCACAGACAUGGACACCAUAAUCCCUCGGGAACCUAUUGUGGAAUAUACCGACACCGAUGGCAACAAUGAGAACGCAACUCCACGUUUGAGCAAGCCUGUGGAACUGCCCCCACUUCCGCGAUCUGCGGCCAAGCCAAAUGCUCUUGAAGAGGUUACGGCUAAUGAGAACACACGGCGUUCCCCGGAAGCGAGACAACAAUUGUCCGAAUCGAUAUCUCAAUCGAAACUGUCCCAGUCAACAUUGUCCCAGUCAACAACAUCUGAGGACUCUACUCGACGCACCAGAAAAUGGGUUGAUCGUCAUCGCAGUCCUAGCCCGCGCUCAAAGGACCCUGCCAAUGCCCAGGAAAUGAUUCACAAAGGCCUCGCCCGUAUUCAAUCGAAAACCAUGGAACCUUCAGGAUAUCGCAAGUUGCAGGGCCUGUUCCAAUACCAUGGCGAAGAGAUUGUCGCUCAAAGCCAGGACUACAAUGCGAUGCUGGAAGCUCUGCUCACCGAACUGGAAGCAACUCCUCACAACCGCAAGGAUCACGACGUCAAGACCCAGGUCUUGACUACUAUUCGUUCCAUGCUCAUGCGGACCCGCGAGCAUUUCCACCCUUACGACACUCGCGCCAUGGCGGCUAUAAUCCGGGCCCGUCAAUAUUACGAAUCCUCUUCCCACUUUGUCGUGGGCCUGGAAGAAGUGGCCGAUAAGCUUGUGUUCCUGACCUCGGCCCAGACGGCGAUCGCUGGUGUUCUUCAGGCAUUGAACCUCGAGACCGAAACGGAUGAGACAUACAGGUCAAUUAUCAUGGGAUUGAGUACUAUUCAGCAAUCCCUUACUCGCCCUGGCACCGAGAUCUCGGACGAACUCCUGGCGAGCAUUGGAGCUGUCGUUAUGCAGCAACUCAGCCACCCGCGUCCUGGCGUUCGAAAGAAUGCAACUGAGCUCUGCACAUUCUUAAAUAUUACCUUCGGAUCGGAGAGGGUACAAAAGGUUACCCAGCCCCCUCGUGAGGGAUCUCUUAACCUGCUUACUUACUUCAUGGCUCGACGAACUCAGUGA